CCGGCCGCCGUCUGGCGCCGCGCAGGCGCUGCCGUGCGGAGCUGCCGCGGCCCGGCGCCGGCUGGAGCGGGCGGCCGUGCCCCGAUGCCCCCGGCGCGGCCAUGGGGGACGUGAAGAACUACCUGUACGCCUGGUGCGGCAGGAGGAGGGUGAUGCCGGCCUACGAGAUCCGCGCCGCCGGCGGCCGCGGCCGGCAGACUUUCCUCUGCGAGGUCCGAGUGGAAGGCUUCAACUAUGUUGGCAUGGGCAACUCUACCAACAAGAAGGAUGCUCAGAGCAAUGCUGCCCGAGACUUCAUCAACUACUUAGUGCGGGUGAACGAAAUGAAGAAGGAUGAAAUCCCUGCUUUUGGACCAGCAGCAGGGGAUAACCCCACUGCAGGACAGGAAGCAGCUAGAGGUGUCACUGGUUCCAGCUCAGCUGUGGGGGGACCUCUUCCUCCACAUUUGCUUUUAAAAAGUGAAGUAGGCAACGGACCAGGUGAAGCACCUGGAAGCUGUGGCAGUCAUGGAGCUCAAUGGGAUCGGGGUGCAAACUUGCAAGAUUAUUAUUCCAGAAAAGAGGAGCAAGAAAUGCAGAAGACCUCAGAGUCAGAAGUGGACUUAAAUGCAGAUCUUCAUGGGGGUUGGACCUUGGAAAAUGCCAAGGCACGUCUGAACCAGUUUUUCCAAAAGGAGAAGAUCCAGGAAGAAUAUAAAUACACUGAAAUGGGGCCUGAUCACAACAGGAGCUUUAAUGCAGAAAUGAACAUUUAUGUGAGGCAGCUGGGCAGAAGGAUUUUCAGUCGCGAGCACGGAUCAAACAAAAAGCUGGCAGCACAGUCCUGUGCCCUUUCCCUGGUCAGACAGCUCUACCAUCUUGGGGUCAUUGAGCCUUACUCUGGGCAAACUAAGAAGAAAGAAUCGGUGGAACCCUAUGAAGUGUCGCUGUCUCCUGACUUAGAAAAUCAUCUGCAAAAGACUGUACGGGAACUGUCCCUGGAGAUCGUGCCUGUGCCUGAAGAUCCCAGUAAUCCAGUUCUGAUCAAUGUUGGAAAGUUGGCCCAUUUCGAACCAUCACAGAGACAAAGUCAUAUGGGAGUUGUUCCCUGGUCACCACCUCAUUCCAACUGGAACCCUUGGACUGGCUGCAAUAUUGAUGAGGGUCCACUGGCAAAUCUGACUCCGGAGCGAAUCAGCGCGGAUGUGAGGAGUGAUUUCCUGCACCGACUGGAGCAGGACCAGGAGUUACAGAGGAUCCGAGAAGAGAGGGAGGCUUUACCUGUGAAGAAUUUUGAAAGUGAAAUUCUGGAUGCAAUCCAUCACAAUUCUGUUGUUGUCAUCCGUGGUGCCACUGGUUGUGGCAAAACCACUCAAGUGCCCCAGUACAUCCUGGAUGAAUACAUCAGAACCAACCGAGCUGCUGAGUGCAACAUAGUGGUGACACAGCCCCGGCGGAUCAGCGCAGUUUCCGUAGCGGAGCGUGUGUCCUAUGAGAGGGGGGAAGAGCCCGGGCAGAGCUGUGGGUACAGCGUGCGCUUCGAGUCUGUGCUGCCUCGGCCACAUGCCAGCAUCAUGUUCUGCACUGUAGGUGUUCUUCUGAGAAAGGUGGAGACUGGGAUCCGUGGCAUUAGUCACGUUAUUGUUGAUGAGAUCCAUGAGAGAGACAUUAACACUGACUUCCUUCUGGUGGUGCUGAGGGAUGUCGUUCAGGUGUAUCCUGAGAUCAGGGUUGUCCUCAUGUCUGCCACCAUUGAUACCAGUAUGUUUUGUGAAUACUUCUUCAACUGUCCCAUCAUUGAGGUCUAUGGCAGAACCUUUCCUGUCCAAGAUUAUUUUCUGGAAGAUUGUAUUCAAAUGACUCAGUUUGUCCCUCCACCAAAGGAAAAGAAGAAGAAAGAGAAGGAUGAAGAAAGUGGUGAAGAUGAUGAUGCCAACUGCAACCUUAUUUGCAGCGAUGAAUAUGGCCCAGAAACAAAGCACUCCAUGGCUCAGCUGAAUGAGAGAGAAACUUCUUUUGAACUCAUUGAGGCUCUGCUGAUUUAUAUCAGGACUCUGAAUGUCCCAGGAGCUGUCCUUAUUUUCUUGCCUGGCUGGAACUUAAUCUAUACAAUGCAGAAGCAUCUAGAAAUGAACCCACGCUUUGGAGGCCACCAGUACAGGAUUUUACCUCUGCAUUCCCAGGUUCCUCUGGAGGAGCAGCGUCGGGUGUUUGAUCCUGUGCCUCCUGGGGUGACCAAAGUGAUUUUAUCUACCAGUAUUGCCGAGACCAGCAUUACCAUCAAUGACGUGGUCUUUGUUAUUGACUCUUGCAAGCAAAAAGUGAAGCUGUUCACUGCUCACAACAACAUGACAAACUACGCCACGGUCUGGGCAUCCAAAACCAAUCUGGAGCAGCGGAAAGGCAGAGCUGGGCGCGUGCGAGCCGGGUUCUGUUUCCACUUGUGCAGCAGAGCUCGCUUUGAGAGACUUCAGACUCACAUGACGCCCGAAAUGUUUCGGACGCCGCUCCACGAAAUCGCUCUGAGCAUCAAGCUGCUGCGCCUGGGCGGGAUCGGGCAGUUCCUGGCCAAAGCCAUCGAGCCGCCCCCUCUGGAUGCCGUGAUCGAGGCGGAGCGCACGCUGAGAGAGCUUGAUGCCCUGGAUUCCAAUGAUGAGUUGACACCUCUUGGAAGAAUCCUGGCCAAACUUCCCAUUGAACCUCGUCUGGGCAAGAUGAUGAUCAUGGGCUGUAUUUUUUAUGUGGGAGAUGCUGUAUGUACCAUCUCUGCAGCCACCUGUUUCCCUGAACCUUUCAUCAGUGAAGGCAAACGCCUGGGUUAUGUCCAUAGGAAUUUUGCUGGGACCAGGUAUUCAGAUCAUGUAGCUUUGCUCUCUGUCUUCCAAGCCUGGGAUGAUGCAAGAAUGGGUGGUGAAGAAGCAGAGAAAAGAUUUUGUGAACACAAAAGACUCAGCAUGGCCACUCUUAGAAUGACUUGGGAAGCAAAAGUCCAGCUAAAAGACAUACUUAUUAGUUCUGGCUUUCCUGAAGAAUGUUUGAUGACUCAGCCGUUUAACAACACUGGCCCUGAUAACAACCUGGAUGUUGUAAUCUCCCUGCUGGCUUUUGGGGUCUACCCCAAUGUCUGCUACCACAAGGAGAAGAGGAAGAUUCUUACCACUGAGGGGCACAAUGCUCUCAUCCACAAAUCAUCUGUCAACUGCCCUUUCAGCAGCCAGGACAUCAAGUAUCCAUCACCCUUCUUCGUUUUUGGAGAGAAGAUUCGAACACGAGCUAUCUCUGCCAAAACCAUGACCUUGGUGAGCCCACUGCAGCUGCUCCUCUUUGCUUCCAAGAAAGUGCUGUCAGAUGGGGAGCUCAUUCUGGUGGAUGACUGGAUCAAGCUGAAGAUGCCGCACGCGGCGGCCGCCUGCAUCACGGCUCUGCGCGCUGCCAUGGAGGCCCUGGUGGUGGAAGUGACCAAAGAGCCUGGCAUCAUCCGCCAGCUGGAGCCCGCCUACGAGCGCAUGCUGAACGUCAUCCGGCAGCUGUCCCGCCCUGCGGCCGCGGGGAUGGCGCUCACGGCCGCCGGCACCAGGUUCGGGGACGGCCCCCGCCCGCCCAAGAUGGCUCGCUACGACAACGGCGCCGCCCUUCGAGGCUGGGGAGCUCACGGCCACAGGGGCAGAGGCUAUGGCGGCUACUCCAGCUGGCACUCGGCAGGAAGAGGAUACCCAGUAGAGACAGAGCCAGCAGUGAGUUUACUGUGCCAGUGCAUGGAUCUGUGUUUCGCUUCAAAAACCCAGAGUGUCAGAGCACUAUGAGUCUUGAGCAACAAUACUGAAUUACUGAAAUUCAAGAAGAAAGAACUGCCUGAGCCACGGUGCCGUUGACUGCUCUCUGCUGCACCCACCUGAGGCAUCUUGGGUUUGUAUAUCACAUAUAUAAAAUAUUUUUGGCUUUUGAUAUCACAGAGUUCUUAUAAGGGGAUUUGGAAACAAUAAUGAUUUCUUCUGGUUUUCCAGUUCCAAGUGGAAGAGGAGAAAAGAAAUAUUAACAACAGCCUCACAACCAUAAUUUGAAGAAUAACACUUGACAGUUAUUUGAAUUUUUAUCUUGAAAAUUAGGCUUGCAACUCACUAACUGAUCUGUUUUUUCUGCCUCCAAAUCAAAAGAGUGAGGAGUGCCAGCCAGAGGAAAGCUAAUGUCACAGGUACAACUCGACCAAGGUGAGUGGCUUAGCAUGAAAGAUCAUGAGGCUUUAUUUAUGUCUGAAAGCCAUAUGUUUGAGAUGACCCCUCUAAAUCUGGAACUGGUCUGCUCACCUGCAGCUUUGAUAGGAAAAGUUCUGGAAAUGGCUGUCUGGAAGCACUUUGUCAGUUCAAACAUGGUCAUAAACAGAUUAUUUGUUAAAUAAUCUAAGAUUCUAAUUUCAUGUUGCUUUCAAGAACUGGUAAAAAAGUUAAUGUUAGUUAAUGUUAUUUGGUGCUAAUGUUAGUAUCUGUUAUUUGAAACAGAUUUGUCACUGAAUUCCUGUUCUCUGAAUUCUAACAGAAGUAUUUUUUGCCUAGGCAGUAGCUAAGAAACUCUCCUCUGCUGUUUAUUUUCUCACUGAAAGUUUUUAAUCCCAUUAAAAGCCCUGGGGAACUUAGCAGUUCUCUAUCAUUUACUGAGAACCAUUAAUCAUGACUGUGUUGAGCUAUGGUUUAUAAAGGUAAAGUAGAAGAGAACAUAAUACCAAGGCCCAAUAAUAAUGUGUUUAGUUAACAGGGAUAAGUUUACAGCCUCACAUUCCCCUGGGAAAAUGACCUCAUGGUCUCCACUGUGCCACUUACUAAAGCCACAUUCAAAUUAUGUUGCAGAAAUGGAGGGUCUGCAGGAAAAUCUUUCACCUCACAAAGUUGAGCAUGACUUCCUAUAUUUGAACAACUUAAAAAAAAGAAAAGUUUCCAAUUUAAGAGCAAUCUAUAAAUCUGCCCCACCCUGUUUCCUGCAGUCACUUCCUUUUGCAAAGAGGUUUUAGAUACCAGGACUGUGUUAUAGAAUUCCAAGUUUUCCUCCUGCUAUCUGCAAAGAGAUGUUCAGACAGACUAUACUGGAAAAUACAUGGAGAACUGUUUUUUUUUCCCCAUAACUACUGGUUUCAUGCACAUCUCAACUCCUAACCUAUAGUCAGUGCUUGAUGUGUAUUUGCUCACUUUUCCUCUUAUUUUCUACUAAAAGAAUUCAUAGCCAUCUGGAUGUUUUGAGAGAAAGGGAGUAAGAGUUGUCCCAGCUGCAUCAGUGCAUUUUCCAAAGAAGGCAAGUGGAGAAAAUCUUCAUUUUGCUUCCAUGGAGCCUUUGCUUUUGGACUGAAGAUUUCCAGGUUCAGCCUCAGUAAGGUGACCUUUAAACUGAGUAGAGACUCUCCAGCACAGACCCGUGGAGGAGGAGUUACUGUGAACUUAAUUACAGACUCAGGUCUGGUUUGUAAAUGUCAGUGAUCUUUGUCAGGAAAGCAAGUUUAGUAAAACCACAUCUUCAGAAAGCAUUCCCUGAAAAGGGCUUAGAAAUAAUUGUAAAUAAAUAAGGGAAGAAAGAGACCUGAACACAUAGUGUCUGCAAUGACAUUUGUAUAAAAAACAUUUAUAUUAUUUCUGUGAAUCCCAAUGAAAAGAUUACUUCUAAAUUGUAUCCAAAUCUCACAUCCAGCAUUUUUACACUGUUAAAAAUUUGGAGAGAGUUCAAAGUGGUAACAAAGUAUCUAAAUUGGCAAUCCCCACCACAGGAUGCAGAGGGAGUAACACACUGGGAGAACAUCUGCUAUCCCAACUGUGACCUGGAAGGGAAUGUGAGUGAGAGUACUUGGGUUAAAUAUAAGAAAAAUGCCAAAUAUCUGCUGCAUACUUCAAGGGACUAACAAAGUCAUGUGCCAUCCCUUUGUGCUGUGUUGUUCAUUUUGUUUUCUCUGGAAAGCCAGAUGUUGGUAAACUGGAACCUGGCCAGAUGGCUUCCAGUUAGGGAAUGGUUGUUGUUGCCUCUUGUCCUGAGAAACUGAAUUUCUUAAAACUGGGGGUGACUGUACUUGCCCACAGGUGAACUGGAGAUGGGGUGAAAAUGAGCAAAAGCUUUCCAGCCUGAGUUUUACAGGUUAACAAACCAGCAAAGUCUCCUGCUGCUUAGCUCCCUUGGGACUUGUGGUUCUCAUAUUGAGGAACAGCAAAGAAUGACUGGGAGACAUAAACACGAGGUGGGGCAAAAAUGAAAUAAAGAAAACUUUAAAUAUUGUAAUACAAUCAUAUAAUCCUUGAAUGGUUUGGGGUGGAAAGGCCCUUAAAGCUCAUCUUGUUCCACCCCCUGCCAUGGGCAGGGACACCUUCUAGUAGACCAGAUUGCUCCCAGCCCAUCCAGCCUGGCCUUGGACACUUCCUAAAUUUAGGUGAGCUGAAAAGAACUCUUGGUGAUUGCCUGGAAGCUUAUGAUGCCUUCAAGUACUGUGUGGGGAACUACAUUUUUAUUUGUGUAAAUUAAUUGGAAGGGAGCCACCCUGAGAGUUUUUCCUGGAAAAACUCAUUAAAUCAAAUUUACCUGUUAUGUGAUCAACUUCAUUGUAAGAAUAAACAUGGGUAGCUCAGCAAAAUGAGGGAGAGCUGAAUAUCUCUGUGGAUUUAUAAAGCCCUCAAGCAAGGGUAUAAAAUUAAUACAGUUGUUAUGUGGUGGUGUCAGCUAAAUCAAUAACAUUCAGUAUGGCAGCCUUCCCUGCACACGGGCACACCUGGGGAAAUUUCUUAAUUUUAACUAUAGGAAAAUGCAGGACAAACACAUAUAUAAGUUUCCAAUAUGAUUUUGGAACUCUGGGAGUUGCACUGAAACAUUGGUAGCAAUGGUAUGGUAUGUAUUAUUGCAUAAAGAUGUUCAUGUUCUGGACCCUUUUUGUUUUCUUAACCUUUGAAGUCAAACAGUUCAGGUGGCAAAAAUUUGGUUGUCACAAACCACUGGCUGAUGGGGAGGUGUGAAAUGUGUUUUGAGAAUGACUCAAGUCAAAAAGUAGUCCAACAAAAACUACAUUCUAGGUUAAAAAAACACUGGGCAGUCACAGUGAGAUGCUAUUUUAAAGAGCAUUCUGGGAUUUAAAAUAGUAUCUAAAUCUCCAAUGUUGAUUCAAUGCUACUUAAAAUACCUUUCACUGACAGGAAUCUGAAUCUUUGUGAGAAAACAGGAGCAGAAGAGAUUGACAGUGCCAUUCUAGAAAGAGGUAGGUUCUCCUCUGCAACCUCCCCUGGUGUUUAUUGUAAGUUAACUCUAUCACAAAAAAUUACAAUUCAUUGUUUAAUAAGUCAACAUGCUAAAUCUUGAUUUUGCUUCUUCAUGUGAUUUUAAAAUAAUGGGCUGGAGGUAAUUUACUGUAUCAAAGAUGAAUGUUGCAGUUGAUCUACUCAGAUGCUUUUAAUACAAUAAAUAUUCUGCUUUUAAUAUAAUUAAACACAUGAUGUAAAAUUUUUCCAGAGCUCCAAAAUGGAAAAAAUUAAUAACACUUGCAGAAGCUACAGAUUUCCUAUUCUUUAAAGAUCUGACAUGUAAAUAACAGGAUACAGAGUAUAGAAUUUCCCAUCCCUUUAAAACCACUCCAUUUUGCUGAACACUUGACUUUGUUCCUCUGAUAUUUCCAUGAACUGAGUGUCAGGGAUGAAAAUGUGGGUAAUAUGCUGAGGUUCCCAGAAAGCAAAAUGCAGCAUACAGCUAUAAACCCUGUGAUUUUUCUUGCCUACUGAAUUCUUAUUUUAAUAAUAAUAAUAAUUUUAAAAUCUCCUCCUUAAGUAGUUUGGUAGUGGAACUUUAAAAAAAAAAAAGAUACUUUACCAGGAAACAGUCUAUUUAUAAAGUAUUUUAUACAUUUUCCCACUGUUUAUGGUAUGCAGUGAUGAGUUUAAAAAUAUCAUUUCCUUUCCAACAAUCUUGAUUUUCCUCUUUGCUUUGAUGAUCUGUAAGUGGCCAUGUGAGUGUUUAAACAGCAUUUUGCAUACCUCAAACCAUCAGGAAAAAUCUUCCUGUUAUUAAAAAAAAAAUAUGGGUACAGAAGGAAACAGGGAUUCAGUUCCUCCCAAUGAAUGAGGUUCCAACAUUCUGCCUUAUGGAUCAGGAUUAAUUGUAAAUUAAGUGCUUUCUUUUAUUUUGCACGUGCAAUUUAUAUCUAAGCCACUGCACAUAUUUCACGGUGACUCUGUUUGAUCUGAAUGGCCAUUUGACAUGGGGAUGGUAUUGAUGUUAAGAAUAAGCUUUCAGUGUUCUUGCAAGCAUCUACCUAAGGAUGGCUGAGUUAGAAACCUCUGAAAAUUGCAGUUCAUGUAUGCUCUAUAGCUUUGCAAAGACUCUGUAGAGCUAAUAGCUAUAUUUUAAGAAGAUUCUGUUCAUUCCAAGUAUUUUUUUUUAAUUUUGGUUCUUGGCUACAGAGACCAGAUAGAUUUUCCCUCAAUGGCUUCUUUUGUCUAUUUAGUCUUGGUGGCAUGGGGGCUUUGAGUUGAGAGAAUGUCUCUGCUGUCCUCUCAACUGCUAAUUGUCUGAGAGCAAUGCAGGGGAGGACAUAGUGAGCUGGGGGUACCAAGACUAGAACUGGGCCAUGCUGACAGACAGCCAAGGACAUGGGUGUGUGUCCCAAAAGCAGCCCUCUAGGUCAGAUUCCUUGAAGCUGCUCACCCUUCACUGUAUUCUUCCUGUCAUGUGUCAGGGAAGCAGCUCUGCCUUAGUCCAUGUGGGAGCAGAGACAAAUUGUUGAGAUAUGUGGGGAGGGACAAGCAGCUGGCACAGAUCAGUGAUCUCCAGAUCACAAAAUUACAUCUAGUGUUCCCAGCCUCCAGGUGGACAUCCAGGUUUAACUCUUCUGGCAGAAGAGCAAACCAAACUGCAGCCUGCUUGUCAAGACAAACCAUUUAUUUAGCAGGAGAAACAGGAGCUCUGCUCAUUCAAAGCUGGUCAUUGAAAAGACUGGAUUUCUCCAUCGACUAUCAGAGAAGCACAGGGUGGUUUCAGCUGGAAAAGAACUUUAAGGUCAUCUAGUCCACCCCCCUGCAGUGAGAAGGGACACUGUCCACUAGAUCACAUGUUUCAGAGCCCUGUCCAGACUGACCCUGAAUGUCUCCUUGAAUGGCUCCUCUAUUAGAUGAUUGAGCUGACCUUGGCUAAGAGUCAUUAAUCAUAGGAGUCCAAAGGCUAAGAGGGAUCUUAGGCUAAGAGCAUAAAGUAUACAAGGCAUUACAGGUUUUUUACAGGAAAAAAAUAUCUAAAAGAAAAUGGUGUUUCUCAGAGACUGUUUUUUUUCUUUUGUUUUUGAAAAGCAAAGGAAAGUUCAUGAAAACUAGGCUUAAAGAACACCAGACUGCAAAGGUGAGCUCUUGUAAUGAGGGAGACACUUGAACCAAGGUUACUCUCAAGAGCCAUCUUAUAUGAAGAAACAAAGGGUUUUACAAAUGAUAGAACAUCACAAUUCCCUGGUAAUGAAAUUAUAGUCAUGGCAUGACUGAUUGGCAGAUGAUGCCAUGAAAAGACAGGCUGUGACCAUAAAUUAUAAAGAACUGACUGGGAUGAAAAUUUCAUCCUUGUUGUUAUCUGGCAAAAGAAGUUAGCUAGCUUUCUGUUGAAAUAAUCUUGGGAAUUCUGCUGGAAAGCCAGGAAGUUGUUAAAAAACUUCAUUGUGGUCAUGCACCCUAUAUGGUGAGAUUGCAUGACCACCUCCAAUACACACCCCACUUUCUGGGAUGCAUUUUAUCAGGCUUGGAAGAGAGCUUCACUGAGAAUGUUUGGUGUAGUGUAAACAGGCCCAGCUCAUGUAUUCGAAGGAUUUGUGUAGCCAAGCAAGUUGGUGAAGAACAGGACACAGGCAUUAUCCAAAUGGAUUAGGGUGAAUGUGUCCUGCUCUUUACAAAGCAAACUUCAUUGGCAUGUUGGAAACCUAAAUAUUGCUGGAAUUUUUUGGUGGCAGAGAAUCCAUCAGCAGACCCUGCAGUGCAAGGAUGAUGGUGGCUAAAUUCUGAGAGAAUUUAGUGUCUUUAUACUAUAAAUUUAAUACCAUACAGAAAUAAAUCUAAUCAAGUCCCCUGGUGCAUAUUCAUCCAUGCAGUGCUGGUGUACUGUCUGAGAAUGGGAGUGAGAAGGGAAGGGAAAAGAAAUGCUGAGGAAUGUCUCUUCUCCAAGAGAUCCAUUGGAUGUUUCAAGGCUGAACACACCUAUCCAUGCAUGUCUCUUUCUCCAUGGGAAAGGUGUGGGACAGGCAAGGGAAGAACUCAAAGAGGGGAUGGGAGUAUAGUUUGGGUUGGCUCCUGAUGUUACUGCCACGGUCUAAUGUAGAUUGCAAGAUGUGUUUGAUUAAAUUCCACACAGGGUACACGGCAGAAUAAAAGCAGGGAGUAAAGAUAAAAUAUACAAAUCUUAUCUGCUAGGAAUAAAAGAUUACAAAUUCAAUUUAUAUACAUGAGAAUAGUUAAAAGGAUGAGCUGUGCUUGAAUCUACAAUAGGAAGAUAGAAAGCUGCACAGGCCUUUCAUGUUUUAUUUUUGUUUUAGCACAUUUUUUCCCCAACAUUACCAGUAUCAAGAAGAAAAAAUGAGGCUACAUCCCAGACUCACUUGAGAAAAGAGGUAACAUUUUCCACUUACAUCUUUUAUUUCUCCAGGGUUUGCAGAAACUUGUCAAGAAGGAGCUUACCUCACGUGAACAGAUUCAGAGAUAUAUUUUUAUUCACCUUUACAGCAACUACCCACAGUUGCUGUACAAGAUUAUUUAGGACAUUCUGCAAAAGAGUGAUGAAGAAAGUCAAUCCUAAAUAAACAAACCAUUUUAUGAAACACCUUCUGCUUGCAUGGCUAAUAACUCUGUUUUUCAGUUCUAUUAAUAAGAUUAACUUUCUGCUUCCAUAAAAUCAUGAUGAGAUAUGAAUAUUUAGUAACUAG